AUGGGGAGAGCACCGUGUUGUGAUAAAAAUGGACUGAAAAGGGGUCCAUGGACUACAGAAGAAGACCAGAAACUCGUUGAUUAUAUACAGAAAAAUGGGUAUGGAAAUUGGAGGACUCUUCCGAAAAAUGCUGGGCUACAAAGGUGUGGAAAGAGUUGCAGACUGCGUUGGACUAAUUACCUUCGUCCUGAUAUCAAGAGAGGAAGAUUUUCUUUUGAAGAGGAAGAAGCUAUUAUUCAACUCCAUAGCAUCUUGGGAAACAAGUGGUCAGCUAUUGCAGCUCGUCUUCCAGGAAGAACAGACAAUGAAAUCAAGAACUACUGGAACACCCACAUUAGAAAAAGGCUUCUUCGAAUGGGAAUAGAUCCUGUAACACACAUGCCUCGUCUUGAUCUUCUUGAUCUCUCCACAAUUUUAAACUCAUCUCUCUGCAAAACUCCGAGUGGUCCACUCUCUAACGUCGAACAAUUCCAUCCAUCAGAUGUCACCAGCUUCAACCCACAAAAUUGCCAACUAAAUGAGUGGCAAACCAAUCAAAUAGUACCUUCUCUGCCAGAACAUUAUGUACCCUUAUCAGACUAUGGAUAUGAUCGUGUAUACGGUUCGGAUCAAUCUAACGUGGAUCAUCCUCCAUCAGAAACUUCAACUUUUCAAUCCAACGGCAACAGUAAUUUCAGCAGCUUUCAAUCAGUUUUGUCAAAUAUAUCAAGCGCUUCAUCAAGUCCAACUCGAUUUGAUUCGAAUUCUAUCAAAUUGACCAGCAGCAGUACUGAAGAAGAGAAGGAAAGUUACUGCAGUAAUUUGUUGAAGUUUAAUAUACCAGAUAUGUUGGAUGUUAAUCAGUUCAUGUUAUAA